AUGUUUGUUUUUACUCAUUAACAACAAGUUAUCAGUACAAACAGAAACAAAAAGGCCAAAGAAAGAUUAGAAACAAAGAUGAAGAAGAGUGAAGGAAUAAGUUAGAAAAAGGAUAAAGAAUUUGAAGAAUAGGAAAGAAAAUCUGUUAUUCCUGACUCAAUAUCAUUAAAAAAAUAAAAUAUUCAGCAGAUCUUUUUCAUUUAUGAUAAAUUAAAAACUCAAAAAUAAAACAAAUUUAAAUAUUACAAAACUAGUUGA